AUGGCUCUCGACGGUGGCGGCGAGGUGCUCGCCAGGGUCGUCUCCGGCGGUGGAGAUGAGGAAAGUCGUCAUCACGACCGGAUCAGUGACCUUCCGGAUACCCUGCUCCUCCAUAUCUUGAUGCUGCUCCCGCUCGUCGAGGCCGUCCGCACCUGCGUGCUCUCCCGCCGCUGGCGCGGCGCCUGGACGCGCCUCCCGCGGCUCGCCUUCGACGACGACGCGGCGCCCCGCGUCUCGCGCUUCGGGAACCUCGUCGACGGCGUCCUGCGCGGCUACGCCGACGACGUCGACAUGCCCGACGUGCUCAUCUCGGUCCGCCGCCGGUCCAGCGCCGGCGACGCCGUCCGGCUCGCAACGUCGGCAACCCGGCUCGCGGCGGGGAGCGUUGCCGCCAGGUUCCACCUCUACCUGUCCUCCGCCGCCGGGAACCUCUACAACGACGUCGUCGAGGAGGCGGCGGCGGCGACGCUCCAGCUGCCAUGCUUCCCGAGGGCGACAGAGUUCGCGCUCGAUUUCAUGGGGGUGGACCUUAGGAUGCCGAGCGCUGGCACGUUCGCCAAGCUGACCAAGAUGUUCAUCCGCGGCGUCCGGUUCACCGACGGCGGCGAGGGCAUCAGCACGGUGGUGUCGCGGCGCUGCCCUUGCCUUGAGGUCCUAUUGCUGCACAGGGUCCGCGGCGUGAAGGUGCUCGCCCUCCUUGCACAGUCGCUCCUGUUCCUGCGGGUUUCCAUGGUCAUGCAGCUGCAGCGCCUCCAGGUGGUGUCAGAAAGCCUCCGCGAGAUGCAAGUGCACAGGUGUUUCUCACUUACCACCGCUCCCACGUCGAUGCUUCUGAAUGUUCCUGUGCUGGAGGAGCUCCACUGGGAAGACCACUACCCUCAUGAUGAUGCCCGCGUUAGCCUCUGGGGAUUGCCUAGGUGCCUCCAGAAGCUCGUGAUCGCCGAGCUACCUCGUUUCACAAAGAUCCUGCAGCAUUUCCACCGUGCUGACACUCUACGCCUUGAAAUUACUAUUGCUCCGAUUAGUCUAUUGUCCAUAUACUUCUAUGUUUGA